AGGCGGGCUCUCAACCACUGCGCCUACAGGGAAGCCCUACACUUAUAUUUCAAUCACCAACUGAUGCACACUGUUUAUGGAGAAAUAUGGUAAAACUGGAAAAGGUGGCUCAGCAGUUGAAUAAACAUUUCUAGCAAGCAUUUAUGGUGCUGGAUAUGGAGAGUGCAGACCUGGGGGUGCCCAGCUGCAACCCUCCAGGGACCUGGAGCAGGCAUAGAGCGUGCACACGGAUAGUCUGGGGUGCGGCAGCCUUACAGGGCUACAGCUCUUAGAUCCAAGUGGAACAGUUCAUGUGUCUUAUUCGAAGAUAGUUCAGAAUUCUUAAGAGCAUGAAAUGGCUUUCUAGAAUCAUCAUUUUUUUCCAUCAUUUGAGUUUUCAGAAGCAAAAGGAAGUCAGUUCUUGGUUUGUCUCUGACCUGAGGGGAAUGGAGAGUUUGGAGGAGUUGGUAGCAAAUCCUUGAACAGUUUGCCCUCUCAGCAAUGGGAUGGGAAGGGGGCAGGUGUCAGGCUCUGUGAAGGGCCUGGGGCUCGUUUCCAGUACUGGAGUUAGGUAGGCUCUGUGUGGCUUCCGGAGGCAAACCUAGGACUCAGAAGGCAGGAGUUCCUGGGAGGUAGGUGCUGUUGCACUCAGGGGAGCUCUUGAUUAUCGUCAGAGCUGGCUCAAGAGUCCAGGGCCACCAUGCCAGGUGGGCGUGCAGACAGGACUGGGCCCUCUAUCUGGGCCCUCAGAUUCUUGACCUGUGAGUUCCUGGAGGUUCUGUGAUUGUAUAUGGAGGCUGCUAAAAAGAAGAGUCGUGUCAGGUGAUGUGCCACUUCCAGGCAGGUGGGGUUAAAAGCCUUCCAGUGCUCCUGGGACUGCAACAGAGUUUCCUGGAUUCAUCCAUUGGAGGCUGUAAAAUGAAGAGCUGCUGUUUACUGAGCACUUACUAUAUGCCAGGUAUUGUGUAGAGUGCUUUGCAUCCUUGGUGGUUCUCUGAACCACUCUUGCAAGUGGAUGCUCCAUCUUCAUUUUAGGGGAGAGCAGAGGUUAAGUGAUCUGUCCAGUGUCACAGAGGUGGAUAUGGGAAAGCUCUGGGCCCAAACCCAGUGCUGGUUGGCUCAGAAGCCGAUGGGCUUAACAACAGUGUCCCACCUCCUACAUAAGCAGUGCCCAGCAUGAAAGUUGAACUCCAUUUCGUCUUCUGAGGUUAACCUUAAAUGUGAAGUGUUUUUAAACGUUAAGUUUUGCAUUUCUAUUUCCUUCCCAUAUCCUACCACCUUUCCCCCCUUAAAAUCUUCUAGCCUAGUGGGUCCUAACCUUUUUGGGUGUUAGGGUCCAUUUUUAUGAUCAGAAACAUUCAGGAACUUCCACAUAAUGGCAGGUGUACUUUGAGUAGCUGUUUUUUUGUUUUUGUUUUUGGAGAAAACUCAAGGACAGAAGCUACUCCUAAUCCAGUAAUGUUUUGAAAUGAAGUUAUAGCUUGUUGUCAGAACAGCAUCUACUUAAACCUGGAAGCCGACUUUACUUGUAUGUGUGUGACACCUAGGAUCGAACCCUUUGUUCUGCCUCUGGUUGGGGCCCCCUGUUGUCCCUACUGCUCUCCCUUUUCCAGAAACCUUUCCUGCUUUAAUCAAAGACAGUCUCCUUCUGGCACUGUACAUAACUUAAAAAUCCUACAUUCCUGCUGAGUAUAGGUCUUGUUGAACACGUUUUCUAUGGGAUUGCAAGCUCCUUGCUGGCAGAGCAUGAGUUACUCCCCAGGUAUCCAGAACUUCUUCAGCAAGUGGGUGCUCAGAUGCUUGUUGAUCUUCCGUGAAAAGGGCUGGUCUUCAGAAUUGGCUGUCAGCGCUUACUGAGCAGGUAUGAGGUGCCAGCACUUUUCACCUUUAAUCUGUACAGCAACCCUGGGAGGCAGGUACCAGUGCAGAAACUGAGGCGCAGUGGACACACAGCUAGAAGGGAUGACACUAGGGUUGGAACCUACCCACCCAGUCCUUAGCCACCUGCUGCUGCCUCCCAUGUCACUCGAGAGAGGGCAGUGGAUACAAGGCAGACAUUCCACUCUCCUGCCUGGAUUUGGAUCCUUAUGCUGGAUUCAUCUGUACAACGUUUUUAUGCUUGUCCCAGAGGAAAGUUGUACCUGAAAUACUUUCUGCUUUCUCUUGAACUGGCUGAGGAUAAGGUGUGAAGUGUUUUUUCCUUUUUGUUUCUUGGCUGGCAUUUUUCACCCCUGACAGUGAAGGUGGCUCUUGAUCUUAGAUUCCCUGGCUGUCUGUGAUCCCUGGAGACACUGUUCAAAUGCUACCUUGGGAUCCUGUGUCCUUUUUUGGUCAUGUGACAAAUCAAACCCUUCCUGGACACCCCCCUCUCCCGAGUUUCAUUCGUCAAGGGCCAAAAAAUGGGUGAUGCUUUCUCCAGGCCACACCCUGUGGUGGGUCAGCCUCAUGGCUGCUGUGGAGACUCUAGUCACUUGUCCACUGUGUGCACAAAGUGAUUUUGUAGGUGGCUGGCCUUGGCUCUGUGAUGGGGGGUUCUGUGGUGCAAACGUCAGCAGUCAGGUGAGUUACUGAUGGAGAACUCAGCUGCACAUGACUGUGGCUCACACCGAGAGGCCAUUGGUGGCCUGGCAGCCCUCCUCCAGGUGCCGGUGGCCCCGCUGUCCUGCUUGUACCUUCAGCUCCUUCCCUUACCCACAGUCCGGUCAGAUUUGGCUCCGCAUGGUGCCUGGCCCCCCAAGCUGGCUGCAGCUCUGCUUGCACACACCUGGGGGCUGGUUCUCCUUGUCCCCUUGAUGCCUUACUUGGAUAUUCCCGCCUCCCCUAUUCCACCUUAGCUCUCUUGACCCCUCUUUCCAUCAGGUCCCUGGCCUAGCUUGGGUUGGAUCAUGGGGUGGUGGCCACGUCCGCUUUCCCCUGGGUGAUCCCCAAGAUAGCUACCUGUGUCCUCCUUCUUGAAGCCAGUUCUCCUGAAAGCCACUUCCAGUAAACACUUCCCAUCUUUUUUUUACCCCUUGGUGCACCUUGCAUCUGUGCCAGGCAAAUAGUUGGCAAGCUAGCUUUUUAGAGCUGCGAGGGUGGGGGGUGAGUGACACUGACGUGUAGGUAUAUAAACUAGGAAGAGUUUACCCUUUCUGCUCAUUGUUUCACAUUGUUUCCUUCAAGUGUUCAGUUAGAUAGUUGCAGGCAGAGCACCUUACUAAUUCUUUUAACCCCUUUUCUCUAGAGGGAGGGUGGCACUGCACUCAUGACAGGAGCUUAAACGCAGAGGGGCUCAUUGGCUUGUGUUACUUAAAGGCCCAGAAAUGGGCCUCUUCUCAGGUGACGACCUGGCUUUACUCCCUCUCUCUCUUUUGCUUUUUGUUGUGUUGCCUUUGCAUAGUGGGUGUCUUCUCCCCAGCCCCUGCAGCUUUGGGAUCCACCCUCACUGACCAUUAUCCAGGGGCAGAAAGAGAAGUCACCUCUUACCCAGAAGCCCCAGCAGACAUUUCCCGGUGCCUUCUCUGGACUUUGAUUGAAAUAGCAGGCUGUGUUCGUUGGUUCACCCCUGAAUCUUGGCAUGGUGUUAGUUCCACCCAGACUGACCCAGAGUAGAGGGGGUGCCCCCAAGAAACAUUAGGUCCUGUUAAUGGGAGAAUGGGAUGGGGAGUGGGCUGGUGGUGAUCCCUGGGUGAGUGCUGGUUUAGUCACCUCUUUGAUAUGAUAGCACCUUCAAAUAGUUGGGCACCUUCAAAUAGGUGGGUGUCAUGCUAGGCCUGGGAGACUUGGGUCCAGAUGACAGAAUGGAUGUAACUGAAAUAUGAGGUCUGGCGUAAGCAAUGGGAUUGUUUGGAUGGCGUCAGAUCACAGCCAGGGUUCUAAGUACCCACUCCUGGUUGAACUGCAGACUCUGAUUUGCCUGUAGUCUCACUUGGGUACCUUGUCUUAGUGCAGGUGCUAGGUUGCAGCUUCUGACCCUAUCCUGGGCUAAGGAGCCCUUUAGGAAUCCAGGAGAGCCUCACCAUAGCACUGCUGAUUCUCCUGUCCCCAUCACCUUUCCUGAUGCUGCAGUAACUGCCUGGAUGAGCCUGGGUAGAAGGAGACCGUGCCUGUGACCCAGGCAGGAGCCGAGUUCUCCAGACUUCUGUUCUCUCGGGCUCAGAGAUCCGGAACAUGGUGGCGGUGCAGGAAGUCAUCUCCAGCCUGGAGAAAUACCCCAUUACCAAAGAGGCACUGGAGGAAACCCGACUUGGGAAGCUCAUCAACGACGUCCGCAAGAAGACGAAGAACGAGGAGCUCGCCAAGCGGGCCAAGAAGCUGCUGCGGAGCUGGCAGAAGCUCAUCGAGCCCGUGCACCAGAAUGAGGCUGCACUGCGGGGGCUGGCGGGUGCCCCCGGCUCGGCCAACGGGGGCGCCCAUAACUGCCGGCCGGAGGCAGGGGCGGGCGGCCCGCCCAAGAGCAUCCAUGACCUGAAGAACCGCAAUGACAUCCAGAGGCUGCCCGGGCAGCGGCUGGACAGGCUGGGCAGCCGCAAGCGCCGGGGGGACCAGCGCGACCUCGGUCACCCUGGGCCACCUCCCAGGGUCUCCAAAGUGAGCCACGACUCCCUGGUAGCCAACUCGUCCCCCCUCCCCACCAAUGGGAUCAGUGGGAGCCCUGAGAGCUUCCCCGGCCCCCUGAACAGCAGCGGGCACGUGGGCCCCGAGGGCAGCCGCCUGGAGCACAGCGAGAAUGACAAGCACAGUGGCAAGAUCCCCGUCAAUGCCGUGAGGCCACACACCAGCUCCCCGGGUCUGGGCAAGCCCCCCAGGCCCUGCUUGCAGACGAAGGCUGUGGUGCUGCAGCAGCUGGACAGGGUGGACGAGACUCCAGGUCCCCCCCACCCCAAGGGGCCGCCUCGCUGCUCUUUCAGUCCCCGGAACUCACGGCACGAGGGCUCCUUUGCCCGGCAGCGGAGCCCAUACACAUACAAGGGCUCCAUGCCCAGUCCCUCGCCUCGGCCCCAGUCACUCGAUGCCACACAGGUGCCGUCACCGCUUCCGCUGGCCCAGCCGUCCACGCCCCCCGUGCGGCGGCUCGAGCUGCUGCCCAGCGCAGAGAGCCCGGUGCGCUGGCUGGAGCAGCCUGAGGGCCACCAGCGGCUCGCGGGGUCGGGCUGCAAGGCAGGGCUGCCACCGGCCGAGCCCCUCCUGCCCCGGGCAGGCUUCUCCCCGGACUCCUCCAAGGCAGACAGCGAUGCUGCCUCCUCCGGUGGCUCGGACAGCAAAAAGAAGAAGAGGUACCGGCCUCGUGACUACACGGUUAACUUGGACGGGCAGGUGGCCGAGGCAGGUGUCAAGCCUGUCCGGUUAAAAGAGCGGAAGCUCACCUUUGACCCCAUGACGAGACAGAUCAAACCUCUGACCCAGAAAGAGCCAGUGCGGGCCGACAGCCCUGUGCACACGGAGCAGCCGAGGACAGAGCUGGACAAGCCCGAGGCCAAGGCCAGCCUCCAGAGCCCUUUUGAACAGACGAACUGGAAGGAGCUGUCGCGCAACGAGAUCAUCCAGUCCUACCUGAGCCAGCAGAGCAGCCUGCUCUCGUCGUCGGGUGCACAGACCCCGGGCGCUCACCACUUCAUGUCCGAGUACCUGAAGCAGGAGGAGAGCACUCGGCGCGGGGCCCGGAAGCCGCACGUGCUGGUGCCUCACAGCCCACCCACGGACCUCCCAGGGCUAAGCCGUGAGGUCACGCAGGACGAUCUGGACAGGAUCCAGGCCCGUCAGUGGCCGGGGGUGAACGGGUGUCAUGACACACAGGGUAACUGGUAUGACUGGACGCAGUGCAUAUCGCUCGACCCGCACGGCGACGACGGGCGGUUGAACAUUCUGCCUUAUGUCUGCUUGGACUGACUGGCCUGUCGGGCUCUAAGUGCAUUCCCACCUUGCAGUCAGCCAUAGAGCCCGGCGCCUCCAGUGGUUGGGAAUCCGGAGGGUGGGGGGAGGUCCGGCCUGGGGUGGGAGGGAGAGGGAACGAGAGUCUCUAGGUCUCUCUGUGCUCUUCCCUCAAAAUUCUCCUUCUUUUGUGAAAUGCUGCUACCAGUUUACUAACAAAAUUGCAAAGGAAGGACCGCGUGGAAGGAAGGCCAGCAAAGUGAGUUCAGAACUCUAUAGCAAACCAGCUAUAAAAAGCGUUAGCCCCCCACCCCGGAAGAGGUGUGGACGCUUCCCAGCCCCCGGUGAGCUGGGACCUCAGUUGCAGGCAGGCACAGAAAACCUGUGGAAGAGGUUACCUUUAACACAGCAACAGAAGCACGCAUCUCAUCUCUGCAUUUUCUGUUUUUUAACGUGGCCCUGAGUGUUUGAGGCAGUGGGCAACGCUGUGGCCUCUGUUUGCACCCCACCUGGCCAGCUUUUCCAUCAUGGUGCCAGAAGCUUCUCAGCUCUAGCGAGCUGCUGGCAUCAGGCAGGCCAGCUUGCCAGCCAGUUUGACCCAUGCUCCCUGGGCGUCCACACAUUUGUAUCUGGUUUCAGUUACAACCCAAUUUUUAAAGAAAUGCUGCAAAAAUUUAAGUUUUCUGGAGUUUAUUUUACCCCCCUCUUCCAUCUGACCAUCAAACGAAUAACGUUCCUUGUUCCUCCCUCUUCAUUUUCCCCUUCCUGCACAUAUCUAGAAAAGUUCACCUUUCUAGAGUCUCCUCCCCAGAAAACACAAAAGUAACCGUGGGUGCUACUGGUGUGUAAGCUGUACUGUUGGGUGAGAAGAGACCUGUCUGUACGCUGGAAACACUCAUAACCAUUCCUUUAGAUUCGUUUGCCUUAUGGUUAUUUGUCAUAAACGCGAUUUGCAAAAACAAGGAGCCUUAGUGAAUGUACAGUACCUAGACUUCUGUGUUCUCAGGACGCAGAAGGGAGCAACUUUGCUAUUUGGUCCAGUAAAUGGACACCUUGUGAUAUAAAUGUGGAAAUAAAAAAAAAAAAAAAAC